AUGGAUUUUGUCCAUCCGCUUGCGGCUCCUCGACAACGUCGCCACGAGUCACGGCUGCCGGAUCACUUCACCGUCAUCAUUCCCAAAAGUACAUCCGCCGCUUGCGUAACCGAAAUGAAAAUGCAAGACAAACGCGGAGUGCUUCCUACGCUAUGCUUAUCGAAAGCUUACCGCAAUAGCCCACAUAUCGCUCGGAGUGCAGAGCGACGACAUCCGGUCGAUCAGCCGCACUACUCGCAGAACCGUUGCGUUAACGACCACUUGGUCCAGCUCAUCUCACAGGCUUUCCUGGGAUUUGUGCUCUUUGCUAUCAGUCCUUUAUGA